UUAUAUUUAUUAAUCAUCAAUAUCAAAAAUUUGCUUUUAAGUAUAAUCAACAAAUUUACUAAUUAUGAAUUUCAAAAUCGAAGAAGUGCAACCACAAGUAGACACCACCUCAAUAUAAAGUUAAUAUAUUAAUAAUAAUAAAUAUGUAUUUCUCUAGAUUGUUGGCUUCUAAAAUUGCACCAUAAAUAACUUAACUUCUUUGAAUAAUUAAAUAACAGUAUUAUCAAUAAAUUAGCAACCUGAUGAUGGUGGUAAUUUUAUUAUGAGUUUUUCAAGGCUUUCAGGUUAAGAGAUUAAUUAGCCGUUAAUUGAAUUGAAUUUCUUAGACACGAUUCUUUUUAAUGAAGUUUUAUUAGAAAAUAAUGUGUUAAAGCAAAAUUCCUAUUCAUCAAUAGUUUAUGUGAGCUAAUGUAAUAAUAUAACAAUAAAUAAUAGUCAAUUUCAAAAUAACACUAAUUUUAAUGGACUAGGAGGUUCUUUGUAUGUUUUUAAUUGUUUGCAUAUUUUGAUAUAGAAUUGCAUAUUUAAAUAAAAUAAAUGCUUGAGAUUAAAUGGUGGAGCUAUUAGUAUUUAGAAUUUGGUUAACAUUGCUUAAGUAUUUAUAUAUAAGUGUUCAUUUAUACUUAAUUCAGCUGUAUUUUCAACUGGUGGAGCAAUUAACUUAUCAUAUUCAAAUUUGAUAAUAGAAAGUUCUAAUAUUACUUCUAAUACUGCGCUUAUAGGAGGAGGGAUCUACUAUGAAUAAGUUAUACCAGAUUUUGUAUUCGAAAAAUCAAAUAAUACUAGUAAUAAUAAAAAUAAAAUCAUAAACAAUAAUGCCAAAAUUUUUGGUCAUAAUAUAGGCUCAACUAUUAGGAAACUUGAUAUAGACUUAUAGAAUAUUAAAAUACCAAAAGGAAGUGUAAAAUUUUUGGGUGAAAGACAAAUAGAAAUAAGAGAGUUUAAAAGUGGAAAUUAAAUCACUUUUGAAGGAAUAUAAUUACUUGAUGAAGAAAAUAAUCCAAUAUAAACUUCAAAUAUAAAUAUAAAUGAAUUUUAAUUUUACAGCAGUGAUGUCCAAAGUUUUAUAUAGUCAUUAUCGGUAUCUUUGAAUUGGGAUUAGUCAAAUAAAAAAAUACAGGUGAUAGGAUAAGUUUAAUCUAAACAAUAAAUUAACAACGGAAUUAACUUACAAUCUCAGAUUAUGUAUAUGCCUUAAAGUAAAAUGAAUCUGUAAAUAGUUUUAGAUAGUUUACCAAAAUUAAUUGACUCUAAAGGGAAUAUUUUCUUCAAUUAAGAUUCGUUUUAAAAAAAUUUUAUAAUUAAUUUUACUUCUUGUUCAAUCGGAGAAAUUACCACGCAAUAAAUUGAGUCUAUAAUUUGCCAAGAGUGUCCAGAAGGAAAGUACUCUUUAGAUUAAUACAGCACCUCUUGUAAAUAGUGUCCUGAUUCUGCUAAAGAAUGCUAGGGUUCUACAAUAAACUUAAUGAAUGGAUAUUGGAGAGAAAAUGAUAAAACUGAUAUAAUAGUAUAUUGCAAUAAAAAUCCAGAAUUUUGUUAAGCUGAGUCACCAGAUUCAAAAUUCUUGUGUUUACGUGGAUACAUAGGCCCACUUUGCUAAUAGUGUGAUUCGUAUGGAAUAAUUUGGGGAAAUAGAUACUCUUAAAUUUUUAGUUCUGAUGCAUGCUAUGAUUGUAAUGAUAGUGUUUUACUUAUAGCUUUUGAAAAUUCUCUAACAUUUUUGCUUAUCUUUUUAUAUAUUUUUAUGAUUUUAAUUAAAAUCAUCUAAAAAAUGCAAGCAAAAAUUAUUGGUUAUUAUCUGAACAGAUCAGAAAUCUUAUUUUUAGGAUCAACACGUAACUAAUUAUAAAAUAUAUCUACCAUUACAUAAUCAUUACAUUUUUAUUAUUGA